AAACAUGCUCCAUUUGUGUGUGCAAGUGUGCUUUACCAAGAAAAACAAAUCUUCAAGGGUGAAUUUUUUGUUGUGGGUCACUUAACACGUGCUAUCUGGAAGUUCUAAGUGCAGAGGAGAACAAGGAAGUGAGCCAAACAGAUGGGCUGGGCAGAGCAGGAGGGGAAAAACGAAAGUAGGAGGCUUGCUCCUUUCUUCCUGCUUCUCUUUCCACUGCCUUCUUUCCUUUGUUCCAGAUGAGUCAGGUUGUGCAGGCCUCUUUGAGUUCCUGGUAUAUUUAGGAGAAAGUUUUGGAGAUAGUUAGCAAAGAGCUGCAGUGCCAGGAAUGUGUUGAUCAGCCACUGAAGUUGCUUGAACAGAGUGGAGAACAAUCAGGCUGCAAAGAAAUAUAAAGAAAAUGGGGAAGCCUUUUAUUUAUUGGAUAUACUUGUCUUUCACCCUCUUGACCACCUGGGUUCACUGUGAAUCAGCUGGGAGUGUUUGCAAAAUUACAAAUAAUACAGCAGACUGUAGUCAUUUAAAGUUGACUCAGAUUCCCUCUGAUCUCCCAACCAACAUAACAGUUUUGGAUCUUUCCCAUAACCAGCUAAAAACACUUCUACCAGCAAACCUUACAGUAUGGACAGCUUGUUUGUAUGGACAGCUUGUUUACUUAGAUGUAGGAUUCAACACCAUCUCUAAACUGCACCAAGAAUUGUGUUUGAAUUUGCCUUUCUUAAAAGUUUUGAAGCUGGGACAUAAUCAGCUACAUAAAUUUCCAGACGAUGUUUUUAUUCACUGUGGCAAUCUGAAAGAACUUAAUUUGGGAUUCAAUAUACUGGAAAUAAGAAAUGAGCCUUUCAUCAAUCUGAAGAAAUUGAGUUUGCUCGAUGUCUCUCACAAUCAUUUAAGUACUCCCAGACUAGGCUCCCAGCAACAGCUGGAGAGUCUUCAGGAACUUGUGAUGUCUCAGAAUAAAAUUACUGAAUUAAGGAAAGAAGACCUAGCCUUUCUUAGUAACUCUUCAUUAAAAAAACUGGACUUGUCAUCAAACCCCCCAAUGGAGUUUUAUCCAGGAUGUUUCCGUGCUAUUGGUAAUCUCUAUGGUCUUCUCCUUAACAAUGUUCCAUUGGGACCUGAUCGCACAAAGAAUCUUAGUUCAGAAUUAUCAGGAACAAGAAUUCAGAAUCUUUCACUAAGCCAUGUGCAGCUUUCGCAGAUUUCCAACUCAACUUUCAGCGGAAUGAAAGAAACAAACCUCACAAUUUUGGACCUAUCUAAAAAUGAUUUGUCUCACAUUGAAAAUGGUUCUUUCGUCUAUUUUGAAAAUUUAGAGAGUUUGAAUCUAAUGAAUAAUAAUAUUAAAUAUAUAUAUUCUCAUUCCCUCUAUGGGUUGCACUAUUUAAAUUAUCUAAAUUUGGAAAACUCUAAUAUAAAAAAAAUUAAUGAUUCUGCUUUCCAGUGGUUAAAACAUUUAGAGUGCCUUAUUAUGAAUGGCAAUAAACUUCUGGAAAUUACCCCUAAUACAUUUAAUGGUUUAGAAAAUUUGAAAAAUUUGAGUUUAAGCGAGUGCAAUGUGACUGUAGUAACAGAGAAAACCUUUUCAUCUCUUGCUAAUUCUUCAUUGCAGUUUCUCAACCUAACAAAAUGUGGAAUCACUUAUAUGAAGGCUAGGGCGUUUUCUUGGUUGGGACAACUAACAUCUCUGGAUUUAGGUUUAAAUAAUAUUAAACAGGACCUCACUGGCCAUGAAUUUCAAGGCCUCAGUCAUAUUGAGACGCUCUAUCUUUCUUACAAUAGUCAUCUGAAUUUGACAAGUGAAUCAUUCACUUUCACUCCAAGCCUUAGAAAGCUGAGACUCAGAAAGACUGGUUGCACUAAUCUUGACAUCUCUCCCUCACCAUUCCGUAAGUUAAGCAAUUUGACUAUCCUAGAUCUUGGUAACAACAACAUAGCUAAUAUGAGAGGGGAGAUAUUUGAUGGACUCCACCAGCUUGAAAUCCUAGAUUUGCAGCAUAAUAAUCUGGAUCGACUGUGGAAGCAUGCCAACCCAGAUGGCCCUGUUCUGUUUUUGAAAGGUCUUCGAAACCUGCGUUUACUUGAUUUAGAAUCCAAUGGCUUUGAUGAGAUUCCAGGAAAGGCUUUCAGUGGCUUAUCUCAAUUAAGAAGCUUGAAUUUUGGAAAAAAUAACUUUAAUUUGUUUCCAAAGUUUGUCUUCGAUGAACUGGCAUCUCUGAGCUCACUCUUCCUAGAGAAGAACCUUAUCACGGCUGUUGACGAAAAAGUGUUUGGGCGAAUUUUCACAAAUCUGAAGGAAAUAAAUAUGGAGGGCAAUCCGUUUGACUGCACUUGUGACAGUAUAGCUUGGUUUGUUAAUUGGCUCAAUGGAAGCAGAACAUAUAUCCAAGGAUUAAAUAAUUAUAUCUGCAACACCCCUUCUAAAUAUCAUGCUAACAGGAUUAUACAGUUUGAUACUUCACCAUGUGAUAGUGCACCCUUUAAAUUGGUCUACAUUGUGAGCACUUCUUUGGUACUGCUCCUCAUCUUUGUAGUCCUACUCAUCCACUUCGAAGGGUGGAGAAUCAAAUUUCUCUGGAGUGUGACCGUAAACAGAGUCUUUGGCCACAGGGAAGACAGGCCACUGCUACAGUUUGAUUAUGAUGCCUAUAUCAUUCAUGCCAAAAAAGACAGGAACUGGGUGUCAAAAAACUUUAUUCCUCUUGAAGAAAACAGUCAACCAGAAAUUAGGUUUUGCUUGGAAGAACGAGAUUUUGAAGCUGGAAUAUCUGAAUUCGAAGCAAUCAUCGACAGUAUAAAAAGGAGCAGGAAAAUUAUAUUUGUUGUAACUGAACAUCUCUUAAAAGAUCCAUGGUGCAAAAGGUUCAAAGUGUAUCAUGCCAUACAGCAAGCCAUUGAACAAAGUCGGGAUUCCAUCAUUCUAGUUUUUCGGCAUGACAUUCCUGAUUACAAAUUGAAAAAUGCACUCUGCUUACGAAGAGCGAUGUUCAAAUCUCGCUGCAUCUUGGAGUGGCCAGUACAGAAAGACCGUCAUUGUGCAUUCUACCAGCAGUUAAAAUUGGCACUUAAAACUAGUAGCAGGGUACUAUGACAUUUUAAAAAGGAUUACAGAAAAUUAUUUUGUAUGCUUGAAUUAGCAGUCAAAAUGCUACCCAAAAUAUAUAAUAUGAAUGCAGGAAAAAUAUAAAUUGUUACCUAAUGAAUGUAGAACUUGCCAAAGUGUUCUACAGAGGAUAGAGAUAGUGGCCUCAACAUCCCUUCUCGUCAACCCAUAGGAGGAGACAGGCACUUGAAGGGGGAAAUCAUUUACCCAGCCAGAUGAGAGCUCUGUUCAACGCCCUCUGCUGUCUCUUCCCACAGGAGAAAAGUUGUUCUACAGCAGGCAGUCUUGAUACCUCUUGCUGGAAGAUACAGGGCUUUGAGGCAGAAAAUGUAGAUAAGGCUUGAUGCCUAGGGUAGAUAAUGGUAUGACAGUUAAAUAAUAUAUGGUGAAUUGCCUGUGUCCCUUGUGAUAGUUGUUAUAAGAAUUUUGAGGUCAUAUAUAUAUAAAAUUGUUCAUAAAACAUGUACAUGAAUGUACAGAAACAUGUCUGAAGCAGCACAGGAAGACAGGCCUGACUGACACCAUUUUGACUCUCUCUCUCUGACCAGGUGUUCCUCUGCAAGGAAGAAGGGGGGUGGGGGGAACCUUCUCAUUGUCUCAGGAAUUAAAGUGAUAAUCCCUGGCAUCCUGAUACCUGGGUGCCAGACAAAAGGGUGUGAUUAACUUGGCUGGGAAACAGGGAAAUAUAAAUAUCUCUCUUUUGUUGAUUAGGUUUUGGGGGCAGGGGGCAGGGUCCAGGAUGCUCAGAUUACUGCCACCAGACCUCCCCUUUCAUGAUGUACCUAUGAUGAAUCUAGGGAGAGGGGUCUUGGGCUACACCCCUUCUGUGACAUAUGGAUGAUGCUUCUGGGGGGUGGGCUGAAACCAAUUUCAAAUUUCUUUUUAAGGGCAGGACACCUUUGUUUGGGGUUCCUUCCUUGUUCUCCUGCGUGAGAGGAAGGACCCUGUUGCAACAGCGAAAAUAAAGGCUUUGCUUCUCAAACUUUUCUGGUUGGCCUCUGUUAUAUUCUCCAACCGAUGGAGAACCCAAUAAGGGAAUAAGGGCAGAUUUUUGCCUAUAUCAGAUGGCGACCACUUGAGGGACUUUUCGGUUACCCGGAUUCUGGGGGCGAGGAGGGAAUGAUGCUCCAGCGCGCACCAGGCAUUUUGCCAGGAGCAGCAGCAGUCCUGCAGCGAUCCCAGGGUCUGGAAAUAACUGGAGUUCUGGCGGGGCUAACCAGAGGAAGCAAAGUUUUAUCAGGCCGGCCUUAAAACAACCAAUCAAGAAGGAAUCAAGAAUCAAGAAGGAAUCAUCAGAAACAGAGUGCGAUGGCGGAAGUGAGUAUAGUGAGUAUUAAUAGGUUAAUAGGGACACUCAGGUGGGCUAUUACUGCAGCAACUAAAAAUCUAAAUCUUCACUCUUCACUGUUCUCUUUUCUGUUUCUUACCUUGGGCUCUAGUUGCUGUAAGGCAUAAGGGAUAAAGAAGAAUUAGAGCCUUUGGGACCCGUCCUUUCGUUAAAACGAAAUACCCAGAAGGACGGACCCAGCUCGCUCCUGUCAUUCUGUGCAGGAGUUCUGAGCAAUUUACCCAACCUUAUUCUGUAUUCCUCUGCUCUUAAUCUUCGGGUGAAACCGCCCCUAGACACCCCCGAUCCCCACCGGGAAGUGACGAGGUUGUUCUAGAACGCAAGGUCACCCGUUCUUUUCAAAAACCUUCCUUCCAAGACUAACCACCCGGCAUUGCGUGUGCAAGCGUCCAGGGCAGGUAGUCUUUCUACUAGGUCGUAAGAGGCAGGAAAGUUGCUGCAGGACCCUAGGCAAUUAAUGACCAGGAGGGGGUCCUUAGGUAUCUAGCCACACCAGCCACCUAGUUAGCAAGUGCACGCAACAGGUAGGCAGGAGACGGUAUCGUCUGUUGAGUGAGUCUUAGACUCAGGAGUUUAAGGUAUAGAGUGUCCCGGAUAGGAGGGUCUUCUACCCGCACUGCAGCAUAAUAGGCCUGAGAAUUAAACAUGGGUGCACAGCAUUCUAAGGAAUUCCUGUCCCAGACUCCUAAUCAGAGCAAAGCACAGUGGAAGCUUGGCUCCGGUAAGGACUCUGAGGAUGAAAGUCCACUCCAGUUCAUCCUUUUAAAUUGGCACGAAAUCCCUGGGGCGGACAAGCUUGCGAGGAACCGAUUGCAAAAACUUUGUAAAAAACAUUGGGUCCAAUUUACUAUGGACCACCCAGAUGAAGGAACGUACAGUGAAUCUCCGCUUUAAAAUUAACCCUGGUGAACUCUGAAUGUGAAAAGUUUUGUGAGGAAUCCUGCAAAGUAUGUUAUGGUAUAAAAUUAUAUAUGUUUGCAUGUUACAUGUUGUCUGUUACGUGUAUGUGCGUCUGUUCCUUGUGUCUGCUAUAGAUUUUUGCCUAUAUCAGAGUUAAUAGGCAUAUAAAGUUAACAGGUUUAUAAUCUGUAUCAUUUUUUAAAAAAAGUUUGUUUAAAAAAUGUUAUGUAGUUUUUCAUUCUGAGUUUCCAGUGCUGACUCACUUCAUUUCUUCUCCUUAUCCCUUCCCCUCCCUAUUUUACUCAGAAUAAAGCUGAAAUUAAUGGAUACAACCUCAUGUUCAUUGGUUUCCGUGGGUCUACUCUGUGUGAAACUUAGUUGUUUACUGUUUAUAUUCUCUGUGAAACAGGCAUGAGUACCCCUGCCUACUCUACAUUUUGAUUCAUGCUUGCUCUGGCAGAUCACCUGGAAUGGAUAAUAAUAAUAAUAAUAAUAAUUUAUUAUUUAUUAUUUGUACCCCGCCCAUCUAGCCGGGUUCCCCCAGCCACUCUGGGCGGCUUCCAACAAAACAUUAAAAUACAGAAAUCAAACAUUAAAAGCUUCCCUAAACAGGGCUGCAUUGAGAUGCCUUCUAAAGGUCUGGUAAUUGUUGUUCUCUUUGACCUCUGGUGGGAGGGCAUUCCACAGGGUGGGUGCCACCACCGAGAAGGCCCUCUGCCUGGUUCCCUGUAAGGUGUGAGUGAUCAGCUCACUCAACAGAGGAGAGAUUUAUGACUGUACAGGUUAUCAAAGUGUGUGUGUGGGGGGGGGGGACUAAGGGGAUUCCUUCUGAAUCUCUUUGGCUUUGACACAUACAAAAUAGUACAACCAAAAAGAAAGAGAUAAGUUCAAUUACUUUAUCACUAUGGUCCCUUAAUCCAGUGUAAACAAAUUUGGGGGAAACAGGCAUUACCACACAGGGUCUCUUAUUUUGUUACUAAAGAAACUCAUUUUUGUAUAUUCAUUUCAAUAUAUUUUGUAUAUUUUUGUAUAUUUCUUGGGAGCCUGUAUAUUUUUUGGGAGCCUCUAUGGACUCUCAUUAGGACAGUGUCAAGUCUAUAUAUUUUCACUAUAUUUUUCUCCUUUCUGUUCAGAUUCAGCGUUAAAUAUAUGCUAAUCAAGAAGACCUGUUUAUGACCUGAUUAAGAUAAUACAUAUUUCAAACCAUACAGUAACUACAUGCACAUAUAUAAAACAUAUAGAAUGUUUUAUAUUUACUUGAAUAAACUCCCCCAGCUUUGGUACAUGGUGACCUGUUGUAAAUAUGUCCAUUUGAAUAAAAUUGAUUUUUGAAAAUAUGCAGUUUUGGUAAUUAAAUUGUUAUGAAAUUUAGGGGAAAGAGCACAUUUUAAAGAAGCAAGAAUAGUUUUUGUAUAUAUAAAAAUUGUGCCUGAAGGGACGCUUUCAGAAGAUCUAAAGUUGAAAAUAAAGGAUCCUGUUUACAGAUGAA